CUGACACUAAUCACUGUUUUUAUUUUUGAUUCUUUCUCUUCAUCUCUAAUUUCAACAACCACAACAACAACAACCCCAACACCAACUCCUCAUCACCACGCCAACACAGGCACCAGCUAUGCGGAAAAAUGUACCUCCAUAUGUCCGCGCUCCCUACCCACCUCAAUCGUGCCCAAGGUGCAGUCUACUUACGUGUACGGUCUGGAGGCAAAGACGGUGCUGACGCCGCGAGACACCCUCAAAGUGACCGUGAAGGCCGACGCCGAGGUGUCCAUUGACAGCGUCUGCGAGGCCACCCUCCGCCUGAAGAACGUCGUCAUUGAGGGCGUGCCCAAUGGCGCCGAGCUGGCCGCCAAAGUGUCCGUCAACCCGAUUGGUUUUGGCUACCACAACGGCAAGGUGCGGGGCGUCUGUCCGACCAAGGACGAGGAGGAGUGGGCGACCAACAUCAAGAAGGCCGUCAUCAGCGCCCUCCAGGUGUCCUUCUCCGGUGAGCAGAGUUUCUCCGCCGACGUCGAGGAGGAGGACUUUGCCGGCAAGUGCACCGCCUCCUUCACGCGCCUCGAACAGGGCGCUCAGGGCACGGUACUGCAGAAGAAGAAGGACCUGAACCGAUGCACUGAGCGCCGCGUGGACCUCCGCCAGACGCCCGACCAGGCGCUGGGCCAGUUCAAGGAGCUGCUCCGCCAGCACCUGCACCCGGUCGACUCGCAGCAGAGCUGCCGCAUCACCCUCAAGGACCAGGUGGUGAAGGAGGUGGAGUGCGAGGAGACGCACAGUCUGGUGCACCGAUCGGAGAAGCCGAUCACCACCGCCUCGCUGAAGCUGUCACUCAAGUCGAGCAAGGACGGCAUCGCCGCCGACUUUGCUGCCCGCGAGAUCCUCCAGCAGCCCAAUCUCUACCUGACGCACGAGCACAAGCACGCCCACACCGCCACCGAGGCCGACGUGGUCGCCAAGCUGAAGGAGCUGUGCGGCCUGAUCUCCGAGAAGACGAGCAGCCUCGAGGCGAGCACCGCCUUCAACGAGCUGGUCGACCUGCUCAAGUACCUGCCCGCCGAUGCGGCCGCCUCCGUGGACGCCGCCGUGAAGGCCGGCGCCGCCAUCUGCCCCAGCGUGCCGAAGCGCCUGCGAGAGCUCUUCCUCGACGCGUCCGCCUUUGCCGCCUCCGACUCGGCGAUCAAGACGCUGGUGCGGGCGCACAACGCCCAGGAGCUGACCAUCACCCGAGCCGCCGCCGCCUUCACCGUGGUCGCCCUCAAGGCGCAGCCCAACGAGGAGACCGUCCGCGCCCUGCUCCCCCUCAUCGACUCGGACAGCACCACCCGCCCCCUCCUGCUCGGUUUCUCCGUCCUCAUCCGCCGGUACUGUGAGAAGACCAACGACUGCGCCACGAACGCCGCCAUUGCCGAGGCACGCGACGUCUACGCGAACCGCAUCGCCAAGACCACCGACAAGUUGAUCCGCGUGACGCUUAUUAAGGCGCUGGAGAACCUGAACGUCAAUCCCACCGGCGGCGAGAAGGCCGUCAAGCAGCUGGAGGAGAUCAUCAACUCGGCUGAGGCGGGCGAUGCCGCCCGACUGGCCGCCGUGAAGGCGCUGCCCACCACCGCCGACGUCGCCGGCCAACUGAAGAGCAUCGUUCUCAAUGAGGCGCUGCCCAAUGAGGUGCGCGUGGCCGCCUUCCAGCGACUGGCCGCCUCCGGUGCCGGCCUGAAGGACGUCAACCAGCUGCUCGGCGUGCAGGAGCACUGCGUCAAGAACUACAUUGGCACGUACGUGAAGAACCUGAAGGCCUCAAAGAACCCCGUCCGCCGCAGUCUGGUCCCGGAGACCGUGGAGCUGAAGGAGGAGCCGAGCACCAAGUUUGGCGUCUCAAAGAACCUCGCCUACGAGUACGGCCCGCUCACCGUCGACGUGGACAUCGUCUACCCGAAGAACUCUAAUGUGACGCAGUCUAUCAGCGCUCGCAUCAGCAAGAUUAGCGGCGACAAAGUCGUCCAGGUUGCUGAACUGUCCGUCCGCCAGGAGGGCCUCGACAAACAAGUCGGCAACGUCCUGAACGCCGUCUCCCGAAAAAUCACCCCCUCGCAGUUUGGCUUUGAGCUGGUGAAAGAUCUCUCGGCACUGGUGCAGAAGCUAAAGCAGAAGGACCACACUCACAACCACUUGCAGCUGUCGGCGCAGGUGAACGGCAAGAACAUCCUCUUCACUGACGCUUUCGAGGACCUGCACACGCUGGCCGAUCUGCUGCGAAAGCGCAUCGAGAAGGUCAUUGACGAGAAGAAGGUCGACCGAACCAUCGGCGGCGUGCUCAUCGACACAAAGGUGGUCGUGCCCACCGUUUCCGGCGUCCCGCUCGUCUACAAGCUGACGGAUAACUUCGUCAUUCAGAUCAACGGCGAGGUGAACAAGGAGGGCACCAAGCGACACGUCAUCCUCAACCGCUCCCUGGUGGCCGGCAUUCGCGCUUCCGUGAAGCUGCUGGUGAAGGACCAGAAGCUCGGUUUCGAGUACAACGGCAAGCUUGCCCUCACGCCCAAUGUCGACUUUGAGAUGGAGAAGAAGGAGAAGGGCGUCCAGCUGAAGCUGAACCUGAAGGAGGACCAGAAGACGCUGCUCAAGUUCAAGCAGUCGCUGCGGGAGAUCAAACAGGCGGGCACUGAUGUGACCAGCGAGAACGAGCUCGCCCCUGAGCCGAGAUCCGACAACUGUGUCUCCGUUCUGAUCCUGAACUACUGCCGCAAGGCCACUCAGGUGAAGGGUCUGAAGAUCCCCAACGUGGAGUACUACCUGACGAAACCGGAAGCAGGCAUCAACGCCAUCGUCCUCGACCUCACCGCUGACACUGCUGAUAAGAACGCAAAGAAGUUUGUCGCAAAGAUCAGCGCUCUUGGCGGCUCCAAGCCGCACGACCACCUCGCACAGGUGGAGCUGCUCACUCCUGAAGGCGGCGCCAAAGAGCUGAAGGUGCUGCUGAAGUCGCCCGAGAACACGCUGGAGACCAAGUUCUCCGUGAACGUCGGCGCCUCGAACGUCAACCUGAAACUGAACCUUCCCAAUGUCAUCGACCUCGACAUCACCAACAACAUGGUGGAGAAUGCGGAGAAGAACGGCAUGUCGAGCAACAUGCUCAUAGAAUACAAGUUCCCCGACGACCCGACGAAGCACUCCAUCAAGUGGAACAGCAAGGCGGUCGUCAACCUGAAGCGCACCGGCAAGGACAAGGUGGCCAACUUUGAAUACGGCGUCUCGCUGGAGUCCAGCCGACGGCCGUACCUGAACCACCGCUUCUUGAUCGACGUCAAGUACCGCCCGUACAAGCUGAACGAGGUCAAGCUGGAGUUCGCCUACGGCAAGGACAUGGCCAAUCUGUACAAGUUCGCCCGCACCUCAAAGAUCGACGUCCAGGAGUUCCGCCCCUUCAAGCUGUCCUCCGAGUCGGAGACGGAGAUCAUCGCCACCGACUUUGACGUCGACUACCACAUGAAAGCCGACACAAAACUGCUCAACGACAAAGGCAACGCUCUGGAGUUUGACCUGAACCUGCAGGGCAAGGACCGCUCGAAGCGCGCCGCCGGCAAGGACAACGAGAUCACCGGCAAGGUGAUGUACCGCAACAAGGGCGCCACCGUCGACUCGAAGCUGGAGGCCAGUCUGAAGGGCAUGGGCCGAGACUACGGCUGGAACAGCGAGCUGAAACAGGUGGAGCCGCAGAAGUACGAGGGCAAGAUCACCGUCCAGCUGGACAAGGACCGAAAGGUCUUUAUCACCCACAAGGAGGAGGCCAGCAAGCCGACCAAGGACUUCUUCAUGAAGUCGGAGGCUGACGUUACCUACUCUUUUAAGCCCGACAAGAAGACGUACAAGGUGGAGGUAAAGAAGGCGGGCACGGCGAUCACCCUGAAGGGCGAGGCGACCAAGGACGGCAAGGUCCUCCUCAGCAAUGACGUCAACUUUGAGAGCAGCAACGGUAAGCUGAAGGCGCUGCUCUCCCGAGACACGCGCAGCUACGAUCUCACCGUGGACAACGUCUACAAGCCCAAAGAGGCGGCGCUGAUCUUCAAGAUCGAGGACCGCGUCUACAACAUCAAGGUGAACCGAGAGCCGAUGAAAUACAUCAACGUGAAGGUCGACGGCAAUGACAAGGCGCUCAUCAAGAGUGGCACCGCUCACCUCUCCCUCAUCGACGCCUCUAAGCUGAACCUGGUGACGAAGGCCAACACCAAAAUCGACACCAGCCUGGACCUGCUCUCGACGGUGACGAAGAAGGCCUCCCUUAAGGUCGACAGUCCAAAGUUCAACUUCAAACACGAAGGAGACGUUGAGCUGAGCCUCGUCAAUCGGCGCCUAAACUGGAAGUCCUACACGAAAAAGGACGCCACAGAGUGGAAGUUCAACGCCGACGUGGCCCGAAAGGGCUCCGCCGUUUCGCUGCAGAAGAUCGUUCCCGAGCGAACGAGCAGCGUGCAGUACUCGCGAAACGGCGACAAGAUCGAGAUCAACCUCGACACCGAGUACCUGCAGGGCAAAAUCGAGGGCGACCGCCGGGCGGGCAAGAUCGUGCUGAAGAACAAGGAGAAGAACUACGAGCUGGAGAGCACGUACAAGUACGAGAACCGAAAGCUGGUGAUCGAGUCGGUGAGCAGCAACAACGCCAAGCUGGAGGCGGUCAUCUCCCGCAGCGCCCCCUCCAAGCUGGUUCUCGAGACGCCGAACACAAAGGCGAACCUCGCCCUUGACCUGAGCGCCCCCGUGAAGACGCUCAAAUUUGACUUUGACAACCCUCGCUUCCAGAAGAAGAUCGACGCCGAGUCGGAGCCGGGCAAACGCUUCAAGUACUCCAGCUACGGUAAGAUCAAGGAGGGCAACCGCGAGCAGAAGAUCGAGGUGAACGGCAAGCCGCUGAAGGAGCUCAACGUGGACGUCCAGUUCCCCGACUUUAAGAUGAAGGUGGAGCAGCCCGAGGGGGCGAAGAAGGUGAAGUUCAGCUACACCUUCAACAACUACACCGAGGACGAGGAGUACGACUUUGACCCGAACAAGGCGUACUUUGCAAACUGGCUCACCGCCCUUCGUCGCUACGCGCAGACGUUUGUGGUUGCGUAA